GGGAAGGCGAUGGUUUUUCCGGGAACUACCUGCAGUUUUCCCGUCGCUCCCUCCCUCGGCGUCUCGGCUCCUUUCGGCCCGAGCGUUCCUUCGCAGCGACCGCCGGGAGCCAGCAGCCAGCAUGUCCAGCAAAAAGGCCAAGACGAAGACCACCAAGAAGCGCCCCCAGCGCGCCACCUCCAACGUCUUUGCCAUGUUUGACCAGUCGCAGAUCCAGGAGUUCAAGGAGGCCUUCAACAUGAUCGACCAGAACAGGGAUGGCUUCAUUGACAAAGAGGACCUGCACGACAUGCUGGCCUCCCUCGGUAAGAACCCCACGGAUGAGUACCUGGAUGCCAUGAUGAACGAGGCCCCAGGCCCCAUCAACUUCACCAUGUUCCUCACCAUGUUCGGUGAGAAGCUGAACGGCACCGACCCCGAGGACGUCAUCAGGAACGCCUUCGCCUGCUUCGACGAGGAGGCCACAGGCUUCAUCCAGGAGGACUACCUGCGGGAGCUGCUGACCACCAUGGGCGACAGGUUCACGGAGGAGGAGGUGGACGAGCUGUACCGGGAGGCGCCCAUCGACAAGAAGGGCAACUUCAACUACAUCGAGUUCACGCGCAUCCUGAAGCACGGCGCCCGGGACAAGGACGACUGAGCCGCCCCGCGCCGCCCGCCCCGCGCCACGGCCGCUCUGCUCUCGCUGCUGCUUGCCAGCAUCCUUUCUGCAACCGUUUGUAACCUGACAGCUUUUCCCUCUGAGGACUCUGGGGCUGCACCUCGGUGGUGGAACGGUGGAGGUUGGAGCAGAUGAUCCCUAAGGUCCCUUCCAACUAGGCUGUUCUGUGAACUGGAAGUGUGUGUGGGGAGAGGGGACGCAGUGACAGGUGCAAACUGGAGCACAGCACAAACUGGAACCCAGGAAGUUUCAUCUCAGCAGGAGAAAAUUCUCUGGUAUGAGGCUACUGGAGGCCUGGAGCAGGCUGCCAUGGGAGGUUGCAGUCUCCCUCUCUGGAGAGCUUCCUGCUCCAGCUGGGCACUAGGAUGCUGGGCAAGCUGCUGUGGGUGCCCUGCUCUGGCAGGGGGUUGUGCUGGGCGGUCUCCAGAGGUCUCUUCCCACCACACCAUUCCAUGAUUAUCAGGUAAAGACACAGAGCUGCUGCUUCCCACCGAGAUGAGUUUCCCUUCCCCAGCUCAGGCCCUGCUCUGUGUAGCACAGCACACAGGCUUCUCCCACCAGGAGCCCACCCUUGGUCUACCCACAGCUGUAAAUACUUUUGCAGUCCUGCUCUCACCUCGUCUGGCCUUAAAAAUAAAGCACUGGUCACACUGC